GUGUACUUGCCAAGAGUGAGUUUACAACCCACGAAGAAAAACACCGGAAGCUUAAUUUUGUGAGCACGCGGUGUGUCUGGCCUUUCCAGCAGGCCAACGUCAAGGAACAUGGCUAAAAUUAAGGCUAGAGAUCUUAGGGGCAAGAAGAAAGAGGAGCUGCUCAAGCAACUAGACGACUUGAAAAAUGAGUUGUCCCAGCUGCGUGUGGCCAAAGUAACCGGUGGCGCUGCCUCAAAACUAUCCAAAAUCUGUGUGGUCCGCAAAUCCAUCGCCCGAGUUCUGACAGUAAUCAACCAGACACAGAAAGAGAACCUUCGGAAGUUCUACAAGGGUAAGAAGUACAAGCCCCUUGAUCUGAGACCCAAGAAGACCAGAGCUAUUCGCCGUAGGCUGAACAAGCAUGAGGAGAGUCUCAGGACCAAGAAGCAGCAGAGGAAGGAUCUCCUCUACUCCAUGCGCAAAUUUGCAGUCAAAGCUUAAAAGCUUUUUCUAUUGAUAAAAUUAAAGUCGAAUUAAAGAAA